AUGCCACACUCAAGAGCCGACUCCCUCUCCCCAACUCGCAAUAAUGAGACCCUACCCUUCGUCCACGACGUCCUGAUCAUAGGAGCAGGACCCUGCGGUCUAGCCGUAGCAGCUCGCCUCCGAGAACAAACCCCCUCAGCCCUCUUCACAGACGAAGAACACCAUCGCUACCACUGGAUCAACAAACAUUCCGCCCAUUCCCAAAUCAAAAACAGCAGAACAGGCGCCACAAGACCCCUCCAGUCUUCUAAAUGCGGUACCAGCGCACUAUCAGAUUGUUCCAUGCUAGUCCUCGACGCGGAGGGAAAUCAAUGGCUCUCGAAAUGGAAUCGUCUAUUCAAACAGUUGGAAAUUUCCCAUCUCAGAAGUCCCAUGUUUUUCCACCCUGAUCCUAGGGAUCGAGAUGGACUGUUGGCGUUCGCGCAUUGGAAAGGCAGGGAGGCCGAGUGUAUAGAGAUAGGAGGCUGUGUUGGGAAAGAAGUCAGCAAACAUCAGAUGAAAAAGCGACGGAAGGGCGGGAAAGCCGCCAUCACAAUCGACGAAAGAGAGCGCAAAGAUUACUUCAUCCCUCCUUCUGACCUGUUCAAAGAAUACUGCGAAUGGAUCGCGAAAAGGUAUGAUCUCCUCGACGAGCAUCUCAUUCUCAAAGCAAAAGUUGAAGAGAUGGAUUUUGAUUUUGUGGAAGAUUUAUCUUCCGAUGAGAGACUUUUUACGAUCAAGGCGGCGGGGGAGAAGGGAGGGGAGAAGUUCUAUGCGAGGAGUGUAGUUCUUGCUGUUGGAGCGGGUAAUGCUCCGGAGGUUCCGAGGCCGUUUCCUCAGAAGGGAUGUCCGCAUGCUUGCCAUGCUUUUCAACCACUUGAUGGGGUUUUGAAAGAGAUGAGGAGGGCGAAUGUGCUUGUCAUCGGGGGUGGGUUGACGAGUGCUCAGAUCGCGGAUCGGGCGAUCAGGAAGGGAGAUCAUAGGGUUUGGCAGUUCAUGAGAGGGCCGAUGAAAGGUAAGCUGGUAAGGCGCCCGAGAUGGGGAUUGGCGCUGAUGAGAUCGAUAGUGAAGCCAUUCGACGUGGACCUGAGCUGGAUGGGAAAGUUUCGAAAUCACGAAAAAGCGAGCUUUUGGAGUGCGGAUACUGACGAAGGUACGUCUAUCAAAUUUCAGUACCACGAAGUCUCGUAGGAGUGUACUAACAGCUCCAUCAGAACGCUCGGAACUCGUCAAGUCAGCCAGGGGCGGUGGUAGCAUUACACCGCGCUUCGCCAAGAUCUCAGAACGCCACGUCCGGGCCGGGAGACUCUCCAUUCACACGCACACGACAGUCCACUCCGCGUCUUUCUCCCCCAUCACAAGAACAUGGGCCAUAACAACAUCUCCACCAGUCCCUGCCCUUCCACCCAUCGAUUUCAUCUACUUCGCCACAGGCGUCCAGAGCGAAAUCCAAACCCUCCCCUACCUCAAACCCAUUCUAGAAAAAUUCCCCGUGGAAUCAUACGAGGGUCUUCCGGCGUUGACGGAUGACCUCAUGUGGUCGGAAGAUGUCCCACUGUUCGUCACGGGGAAAUUUGCGGCUUUGAGACUCGGGCCUGGGGCGGGCAAUUUGGAAGGGGCGCGGUUAGGAGCUGAGAGGAUUAGUUGGGGGAUGCAGGAAGUGUUUCCCGAGGUGAAAGACGGGACUUUGUAUGGAGAGGUUGUGGAAAGGAAGGGGAGAAGGGAGAGGAGGAGGUAUGUUGCGGGUAUCGGGAGUCGGUUUGAGGCUUUGGCUGGAAUCUGA